GGGAACUAACGCAACAUUUUUUUUUUGUUCCGUUGCGUGGGAAAAAAACCCCAUAUGGACCUUAUGUUUGGGAGUAGGAUCGUGGCCUCGUAAAUCCUAGCUAAUUUUUAUUAUUAUUAUUAUUUUAUUUUAUUUUUGUAGAUAUAAUCAUGUUGAAAAACAAUGGAAAAAAGACAGUCAUCGCCGUAGUCAGCGCGGCGUGUGUGUGCGCCGCGCUGCUGCUGCUUGUGGCGCAACAUCACCGUCGCGUCGGGCUGGAGGAGGCGCGCCCGGCGCAGAAAGGCUUCUCGGCGUAUUUCACCAAACUGAGCCGUGGACGGAGGGAGGUGGAGAGACCCGGACGGUCCGCGGCGUCCUCCACCGACGCCUCUCCCGCCGAGGACAUCGGCUCCUCUGACAUCUUCAUUGCCGUGAAGACCACGAAAAAGUUUCACCAGUUGAGGCUGAACCUGCUCCUGGACACCUGGAUUUCAAGGAACAUGCAAGAGACCUUCAUCUUCACAGAUGGAGAAGAUGAAGAGCUGAAGAAGAAAAUUGGAAGUCACGCCAUCAACACAAACUGUUCAGCAGCUCACAGCCGACAAGCUCUAUCCUGCAAGAUGGCAGUGGAGUACGACAAGUUCAUAGAGUCUGGUAAAAAGUGGUUCUGUCAUGUAGACGAUGACAACUAUGUGAAUGUGAGGGCUCUGGUGCGGCACCUGUCCCAGUACCCCCACACCCAGGACAUGUAUAUCGGUAAACCCAGCCUGGACCGGCCCAUUGAGGCCACCGAGAGGCUGGGGGACAACAAAAUGAGACCAGUAAACUUCUGGUUUGCCACAGGAGGAGCAGGUUUCUGUGUGAGUCGUGGUCUGGCAUUGAAGAUGAGCCCGUGGGCCAGCGGUGGCCAUUUCAUGAACACAGCGGAAAAGAUCCGGCUGCCCGACGACUGCACCAUCGGUUACAUCAUUGAGUCGGUGCUGGGGGUACCACUGACCCGCAGCAACCUGUUCCACUCCCACCUGGAGAACCUGCAACAAGUGUCUAGAUCUGAGAUUCAUAAGCAGAUCACACUGAGUUAUGGAAUGUUUGAAAACAAGCGGAACAUCAUCAAUAUGAAAGGGGCUUUUUCUGUGGAGGAUGACCCAUCAAGGUUCAGGUCUGUGCACUGUCUGCUUUAUCCGGACACCCCUUGGUGCCCCCCUCAGGUUGUCCUUUAGGGCGACCGCUCCUUCCUCAUCCCCGUCCCCGUUGUGCCUCGGUAUCUGAAAGGCUAAAACGGGGACCAGCGUUUGGUAUUGGACCGUGAGGCUGCCGUAUUUUUACCGCAGCGGGUUCAUGGUCUUUUUUAUUGGUUUUUUUACUGGGCUGCUGUGCGGCCCGCCUCGGGACCCUUCCUUCCUUCCUUCGCUGGCUGGUGCCUGGACCCUCUCCCGUGUGGCGGGGGAGGGGGGGGGGCUGACGAGCCGAGCUCUGGACAGGAAGCAGCUUUCACCGUUGAGCUUUGCAGGCAAUCACUUGAGCUUUGUCAUGUAUAUGUUGCUUGUAAAUGUAUUUGCGAUUCUCAUAGAAUGUAUUUCCCUUUAUUCAUGCUUUCCCUUUAUGCCAGCUUUACACAGCUUCUCUGUUUUUUUUAAUUCUUUUUUCCCCCUCCCUUUUUCACAAAUUGGAAAGGCAUUCAGAUCUGUCUGUGUAACAUCAUUGGCCUUUUUAUUUCACAAAAGAUCAAGAUUGUGGGGAAAAAUAACUUACUUAUAAGGCAUUUUUUGUUGUUUUAAGGUCACUGAGCUCACAUGACUCCGGACAAACUCUGUAAUAUGAAGAUUUUUACGACGCUUUAAGUUAAUGGUGUACGUCAGCGACUUUACUCUCACAGCUCGAGCUGGCUGUCAGUCGUUUCCCACGUGGGUAAAAUGAUCUGAGGCGUAUAAGUUAAAGCACUUUCCCCCCCCUUUGGUGUCCUAGAUUGAGAUGACUGAGUUUACUUUAGCUAACGACACGCUUCAGACCUGUGUCGGAACUGAGCAACCACCCCAGAACCUCAAUAUCUCUACAUUAUAACGUAUUUAAUGACGCCCCUUGCAUUUAUUACAAUCAGGGAGAAUAAUAUAUGGCAGAGAUAUCGAUUUGGGGUAUGCUUUUUUAAUUUGCUCCGAGAUGUUUUUCUAUAAACGUUGCACAUCUGAGUUGUUUGGUGAAACUGUUAAGUUUGCUCCUGUGAAGAAGCUCACCUCGAAACAGCCCGACAGCCAAUGAGAUGAGGACGUUUGCAUCGUGCCAUUUGAAGAGAAGCCAUCAUAGAAAUACUUUUUCUUUUAAAAAAAAAACAAAACAACGGCAGCUUGGUUUUCAUACCACCAAUAACAUGAGCCGCAGUCGUCUGUGGUUUGCACAACACGGAGUAACGAGAGUCUGGCUGACUCCUGUGAUAACAGACAUUAAGGGUCCUCAUUUCUUCCUAAUAGUCUCUGUGAGGUGAGAGCUUUACAAGAGCAACGUCAGCGGCUACGUUCACAUGCACACGUAAAUCCCACCGGCAUUACGGAUACCGGAGAGUACCCGGUUUCAGCUGGCUCACGUUAGCGGCCCUAUGUCGAUGACGAUGACCCGGAUGUGAGAAACUCCGCAAGACUCGCCGGAUAUGGCGUGCAUGUAAACGUAGACGCUGUUUUAUUUUCUUACAGAGGUGUUUUCAUUUCUGCCCGUCCCUGACCCACAUUGGGUUCGACUGUACAUCUUUGGUUUAUGCAGCAGUAUUGUGUACUGUGCCCUCGCUCCACUUUGUAGAAACGGCCGUAUGUCUAGAAUGUAAUUUCCUAUUGUGGUUCACACACGCUUUCUGACGACCUUGACAUGAUUUUCUACUGCUUUGAACGUAACGACCGCGGUCUGCACUCCAGUAUCUGGAGAGCGCCAGCGGUCUAUCAGAACACCGGCUUCUCAGGGAUUAUGAGCUGAUCCUGGUAUUACGACUGUGGGAACCACAGUGAGAACAAGUCCUUGGAAUAAAGUUGCAUAACCGCUGAGAAAUACAA